ACUGUUGAGUAGCUACUCUCUGCAGACCUCACAAGCUAUGGCUGAUCUAGAUGUGACCUUGAAUUACUCAGGCAUCAACUUUCCUGGGCACCUGCACACGAUGAAGUCCCUGCAAUAUGCUAAGGAAUUCAAAUUCCACAAGACUGAUACUCUCCUGGUCACAUACCCCAAAUCAGGUACAACAUGGAUGCAGGAGAUUCUCACACUCAUUUACAGUGCUGGAAACGAAGUACCUGUUAAAACCCUCCCAAACUGGAUGCGAGCCCCAUGGCUUGAGCAAUACUACUCCGAGGACAUCUUGCAGAACAGACCAGACAAUCGGAUCAUCACAUCUCACCUGCCCUAUCACAUCCUCUCCAAAACUCUGAAACAAUCUAAUCCAAAGGUGAUUUACAUUUCAAGAAACCCAAAGGAUAUAAUUGUAUCAUUUUACUAUUUUCACAAAAUGGCACAAUUCCUGCCAGACCCAGGAACCUUUGAAGAAUUUGUAAGGAAAUUCGCUUUUGGAGAGGUGCAUUUUGGAUCUUGGUUUGACCACAUAACAGAGUGGCUGGAGCACAAAGAGGAAUUCAACAUCCUGUUCAUUACCUACGAAGAAAUGAAGAAGAAUCUCAGACAAUGUGUUGAAAAGACAUGCGAUUUCUUAGGCCGUCCACUUUUACCAGAGCAAAUCGACUCAAUCAUUCGCUAUUGCACUUUUACCAACAUGAAGGACAACCAGAUGGUGAACUACACACUGGUUCCCAAUGAAAUUAUGGAUCACAGGAUCAGCAAGUUCAUGAGAAAAGGUAUAGUUGGAGACUGGAAAGAGCAUUUCACAGAGGAACAGAGCCAGUUUUUUAAGAAGAUUUGCCAGGAGAAACUAUGCAAUUCUGACAUUCGGUUUAUCUGGAAUUUAUGAGCCCAAUUGUGCAUUUUAAAGGCCCUCCUCAGAAAAACCCAACUGUUUAGAAAAAAAAUCCACAGAGAACAUUCAAAAUGAUACAAUAAUUUCAAAACCAAAGUUACACAAAGGAAAUGCAAUUCUCUGGUUUUGAAUGGAUUUUGCUGGCAUUUAAGCUUGAUUUAUUUUUUCAAUAAGUAAAUGGCAAAUUACUGUAUUUUUAGCACUUUAACUCAAUACUGUGAAUAGAAAUGUAGUUGCAUUGUAAUUAGUCUAUUGCACACCAUAGAUCCAAAUGAGGGCGAGGUUUGUAAUUCUAAACUAAACUGAAACAAAGCAAAACUGUGUUUAUUUCAGAAAUAUACAUUUUUGAUAAAAAUCAGAUAUUCAACAAAUCCUCAAACCUCUGAGAAAGGAAGCUUAGUCUUUUCUCCCACUCAAAUGCAAUCAAUAAAUGAGAUAAAAGAUUUGUAUGAAAAAUCACAAGAUCACCCAGCCAUUG